CGCUUGUGCUAAAAACAUUGGAGUAGAAAAGUGCAACAAAACGCUGUCGAACACGAAGCUGCAGGAAUGUUUCCUUCUAAGAAAAUGUGUUGAUUUGUGAAUUAUAUUUUUAUAAUCCACAACUUGCUUCAUUUGAUCGUCAUCCAUCUUGAGAACUCUGGAAUUUGCGUCACUAGCAGCCCUCGAUAGAUAGCUUGUGUUGACAAAAUGGAUGACAGCAAGAUGGUGGGAGGCAAAGUCAAGAACCCGGUAAAGGGCCGUAAACCCGCUAAGAUUGAUCUGAAAGCGAAGUUAGAGAGGAGUCGGCGGCAGAGCGCCCGGGAGUGCCGAGCCAGGAAGAAGCUCCGGUAUCAGUACCUAGAGGAACUCGUGUCCAGCAAGGAGAGGGCCAUCUGCGCCCUGAGGGAGGAGCUGGAGAUGUACAAGCAGUGGUGUACAGCCAUGGACCAGGGCAAGAUCCCGUCUGAGAUAAAGGCCCUGCUGACGGGAGACGAACAGAAGCCUCCCCAGAGCUCCUCCACCAAGAGCUUGAAGAACAGCAACCAGAGCUAAUGUGUUAGAAGUGCCAGACCAGAACUAGUCUGACUGUCAGUUUUGUUAGAGGUGUGCAGACCUGGGUUAUAUUCAUUAGGGAAAUUAUAUCAAACGUUGUGCAAUGGAAAACAGGGUGUUCGUAUAAUACCUACCCCCUUUUUUGGUCCUGUUUGCUUCCGUUUUGUUGCCCUAGUGAAUACGACCCAGAGUGAGUCUYUCUGUUGAAAGGUUCCAGACCAGAGCUAGGCAGUAGGUACUCAGUCUGUCAUGCCAGACCGCUCCACUGGAUAAGGCCUCUGUGACGGAGAGUGAAGCGGUGUCUCACCUGUCUGUUUCAGCCCCCCCCCCCCUCCUCCAGAGGAGACGCACAGCAACAGAAGUGUCAGAGAGACAUAUCAUUACUAACGCUGGGGGACCUUCAGAGUAAUAGCUCAUAUUAUUUACAGUUGUAAUCCACCUUACUGGUCUGAUUUAUCAUGCGUGGUUCACUAUUGCAACACUCGGAUUUUGUUAAUGUUAGUAAUGUCAAAUAUAUUGUUAGACUGCCUGUAUUUAGUUACAGCUAUAGACACUGUUAGACAGCCUGUAUUAUUGCACCUUUUAAUUUCCUUGUCGCAAUGUUUUAGCUUCUAUAUGUGAGAAUUG